UCGAAACUAGUCUCAUUCGGGAUUGCGGCGCGGACGCUUCUUCAAAUUUCGCAUACCUAAAGAUCUUUAAGUUACUUCAGACCUGUGUCAUGAACUAGAGGGGGCAAGAAUGGUUUUAAAGCUGAUCGCAUCCUGUGUACUGUUGGAAAUAAUCAUCGUACUUGCACAAAUUAGUGACCUUCGAUACACGGAGAACAACAAUGACAACCUGGGCAAUGCUAUCCAAUUUCUACGCGAUUUUGAUCGCGAAGCAGCUGAGAUGUGUAACCGGGUGGCUAACAGCGAGUGGAAAUUCGCUACGAAUGCAACCGAGUUUAACCGGAGACGCAUGCGAGAACAGCAAAAUCUUGCCACUAAAUUUGAGUGCCUCAGCUGGAGACGCGCCGCUUCAUUCGACUCGUCAACCAUUGUGGAUUCCAGUAUUCGUCGACAGCUGGGAAGAAUCGUGCAACCGGGACGUUGCGGUCUCGGAGAGGAUAAGUUUGCCGAAAUAACACACGUCAUAUCACUGAUGAAGGAGAAUUACAACAACGCGAAGCUUUGUCCGUUUCCUGGGUCACAACCAACGUUCACCGGAUCGAAUUCGUACAGGAGUUCCAAUUAUGUGGCAACAUACAGCUCCUACUGUGAUUUGAAACUUGAACCGGAUUUGGUGCGUAUAAUGGAGUCUAGCAGGAUAGAACCGGAACUAAGACAUUACUGGCUUUCUUGGCACGAAAAAACUGGUCCUCCAGUAAAGAAUACCUUCAUGAGAUACAUUGAUCUCGCCAAUCAAGCGGCUGAACGACACGGUUUCAAUGACGCAGGUGAACAAAUGCGAGCACUGUAUGAUGACAGCGAGUUUUUCUUUUCGGUGAAUGAUCUUUGGGCCAAAAUACAACCUCUCUACAAGCAGCUGGUAACUUUUGUUAGGAAAGGACUUGUCCGGCACUAUGGCGAGCACGUUGUUCGGAGAGAUGGUCCACUUCCAGCACACAUACUAGGGAACAUGUGGGCACAAAAUUGGCAUAGUAUACUAGACUUAAUUCUUCAAGGACCGUCAGAAAUGCCAGACAUCACAGGAGAAAUGAUACGUCAGGGAUACACACCACUGAAAAUGUUCCAGACAGCAGAGGAGUUUUUUACUUCGAUUGGUCUUCCGCCAAUGGCUCCCGAAUUUUGGCGAAACUCGGUGUUACAAAAAUCUAACGAGAUGCAUGGACACUGUACAGCAUCUGCGUGGGACUUUUGUAAUAAGAUAGACUUUCGAAUUAAACAGUGCACACAGGUCUCUUUGGAAGAUUUCGUGAAUUCACAUCACGAAAUGACUCAUGUACAGUACUACAUGCAGUAUUCCGGACAGCCUUUUCUCUACCGUGAAGGACCGAACCCAGCCUUCCACGAGGCCCUAGCCAAUGCAAUUAGUCUUUGCGUUGGAGGUCCUGUUCAUUUGCAAAAGUUAGGACUACUAAGUAGUCCAGUUUCGGUAGCCAAUGGAAACACGAUGAUAAAUAUUGAAUAUCUUCUAAGUGUUGCCCUGGAUAAACUUCCUUUCAUGGCUUACAGUUUGGCAUUAGAAAAAUGGCGGUGGUACGUAUUCGAGAAAGGUCCGGUUGGUAUGAACGCUCGCUGGUGGGAGCUACGUCUCCGAUACCAAGGCAUUAUUCCUCCUGCUGGAAGAAGUUCGGAACACUUUGACGCCGGUGCCAAGUAUCAUGUUAUCUCUGACCAGGACUACAUAAAGUACUUCGUAGCAACCAUACUACAAUUUCAAGUACAUGCAGAACUUUGUCUAGCAUCACAACACGUAGGCCCUUUACAUACUUGCGAUUUCUAUCGUUCGCGAGAAGCUGGACGAGUUCUGAGUGACGUCAUGCAACAAGGAGCAUCUUUAACGUCCUCGCAGUUGAUUAAACUACUCACGCGAGGAAAGACCUCACGACUCUCAGCCGAGCCUCUGCUGGAUUUUUUCAGACCUUUGGAAGCUUGGUUGGAAUUGCAAAAUAGAGAUGAGCCAAUUAUUGGUUGGAGCUCUCGGAUGGACGACUUUGCGUUAUUUCAAUCCUUAGUAGAUCAUACUGGACGCAGUUUGGGGAUACGCGUUGUGUACAGCCUAACAGUUAUCAUCAUGCUUCGGUGCAUACUGUACAUCUUUUCCUAAA